AUGAUGGAGAAGGAAAGGUUUCUGAUAACAAAGGAGAUGGAGAGUGUGUGCAAUAAAAGGGUGGCGCCAGUUGUUGUUUCCGGUGGACCUAAAAACAGAAACACCAUCGCAUAUGAUCUGGCAAGUUCAUCACUUCUCACCUUUGUUUUACUUCAUCUGGUUGUUUCUUGGCUUCUUGCCAUGGAUUUGAAGUUCACAAUCAGUGGGACUGUUGAUAUAUUGGGCUUCUUCAUCACAAUUCGAACUACCUGUUCACAAACACACUUUACAAAACAACAGGCAUUAGCACAAGCGCAUAUGGGCAGAGCGAGGUCUAUGUAAAAGCUAGAAUAUUGAAAGAUGGAGUAUGUAUUUGCAAUCAUUAGUCCUAUUGUUGAAUCAUUAAUGGUUCCUGUCAAAAAACAGUUAGGUUAUCUCUUUUCCUCCACAAAACAUGUUAGGAGCAUGAAUAUUGAAAGAUGGGGUUUGUAUAUGUAAUCAUUAGUCCUAUUGUUGAAUCAUUAAUGGUUCCUGUUAAAAAACAGCUAGAUUAUCUCUUUUCCACCACAAAACAUGUUAGGAGCAUGAAUAUUGAAAGAUGAAGUUUGUAUCUGCAAUCAUUAGUCCUAUUGUUGAAUCAUUAAUGGUUCCUGU